AUGUCGUCAGGAAUCGGAUCGCUCUUCUCCUCCCUCUUCCUCUACCUCCGCUCGCUCCUCUUCUCAAAGCACCUCGAAAUAUGUGUCGUUGGAUUGCAAGCAGCGGGCAAGACGUCCCUCGUCAACCUCUUGUCUUCGGGACAGUUUGCAGAUGAAAUGGUGCCUACCGUCGGAUUCAACAUGCGCAAGGUACGGUCAGGCAACACCACCAUCAAGGUGUGGGAUAUCGGUGGACAACCCAGAUUCCGCAGCAUGUGGGAGCGAUACUGCCGCGGGGUCUCUGCCAUUGUCUUUGUCGUCGAUUCCUCUGUCCCACUGCCCAGCGCCAAGUCCGAGGCUGCUGCAACAUCCACAAGCACGUCAGCACCCACCCACACCGCCUCUGCACCAGCAGCUGCGCCCGCAGCAACCACUACAGCACCAAAGAAGGAGGAUCCCACUUCUGUGUCGGCAUCCGCUUCAGCAGCAGCAGCUGGUCAGAGCACACAGAGCUCGUCCGCUUGGGGCGUGGCUACCGAAGAGCUGCAUGCCCUGAUCGAGAGGCCGCACCUUGCCGGUGUGCCGUUGCUGGUCCUCGCUACUAAAAACGACAUCAAGGGCGCGGCCAGGGUCGACGAUGUGAUCCGCGUCAUGAAGCUCGACACCAUCGCCAAUCGCGAGGUGAGCUGCUACAGCAUCAGCAGCAAGAAUCAGGUCAACAUUGAUGUGACGCUCAAGUGGCUCAUCGCAAGGAGUCCUGUGGGACAGCGUUGA